AUGUCGGUUUCACGCGUUUCGUUAUUGGUCGUAGUGGCGCUGUUGUACAUGCACUGCUGUCACACCGCAACUAUUCCAAGAAACUUUGAUCCCCGUCUCUCUGAUGAGAUGGUGCUCACGCCCAAGAAAAGGCCAUUCUGCAACGCUUUCACCGGAUGCGGUCGCAAGAGGUCUCAGGCAGCACCGGGAAUGCCUUCACAGGAACUCAUCAGGCAAAAGCAGUACAUGGACGAUGAAACACUUGGCUCACUUCUUGACUCUGAAACUGCGAUCGAAGAGCUUUCUCGUCAGAUACUCUCUGAAGCAAAGCUUUGGGAAGCAAUUCAAGAAGCUAGCGCUGAAAUAGCGAGGCGGAAACAAAAGGAUAUCAUAUAUUAG